GCUUCGCAAUUUGUUCAGCUUCGAUCUGGUUUUAUUGCGGCAUUUAAAAAGGCAACUCCCUACUCCAUCAUCAACACCCAGCAAUAACGAACAAGUUGGAUGGGAGUCUUGCUAGACCUAUUGAACUACAGGAAGUGGCUUGCCAGCACAUCCAGCCUAGUUACAAUGUCUGAAUAACCGACAAAUGAGCUUCACUGACAUGGUUCAAGGAUGGCUGAUCAUAUUAAAGCAGAGGGUGAUGAAGGACAGAUGAAAGAUCUGCUUUCUGGACAACAUCCUGCAGAGAUCAAGAUCUGGUCUACAGAACAUGUCAGAAAGUGGACUCUGGAGCUGAAAAAUGUAGAUGAAGAAUGUGCUAACAUAAUGUACCAACAGAAAAUUAAUGGAGAAAGUCUUCUACUUUUAGACAAAACUGAUUUGAUAGGAGCAGGUAUUCCAUUGGGUCCAGCUAAACUGAUCAUUGAUAAGAGAGACAAACUUGUGAAAAUGAAAGCUGAGAUGUUAAAUGAUCCAGGAGUUCAAUCAGGGGGUCCAUGUAAGCCUUACCCUUUCAGUCGAUUCCAUGAAGCUUACAGAUACAGGAUUAAUAGCUGUCUUGACAUACCAGAGUCAGGGGAGUUAAAUUUGAUUGAGCCAUGUCAUGAAUUUAAAGCGUACAUCAAUACAGGGAGCACAGAAAAAGUGGACAAAAUGAAGAAAUUCACUGAUGAAGUCAUUCGUUUUGCAGCAGCUUGUAUGAACAGUCGCACUAAUGGCACCAUUCACUUUGGCGUAGGGGACUUGCCAGAUUUUAAGCAUGGUCAGAUUCUAGGAUUUACUGUUGAAGACAAAGAGUCUUUUGGGAAAGCAUUACAUGACACAAUUGAGGGCCGUUUUGAACAUAAACAUGUGGCGGCAGCAAAGAAGUGUAUUAAGUCACCUCGAUUUGUUGAAGUGCUUCAAUCUGAUACGACAUCUUCAGAGAAAUAUGUCAUGGAAGUUGACAUAGAACCAACAUUUUCAGUCUGUGAAGAGAACUUCUACUAUGUCUACAGUGUAGACUCACGAAAGUCAAAAAAAAACAAGAGCAGAGAAGCUAAGGAAGAUACAAAAGAAUUCAAGUCCUUCUACAUCCGAGACAGCAGCAGCAGCAGAGACCUUCUGAGGCAAAACACUCAGUCGAAACCUCUGGAGGAGUUCAACAGAUACGAGAAAAAUAUAUCAAAACUGUCAAUGGAAAGGAAGGAAGCUGAGGAAAAGUGCCUUGCUAUUGUUAGAAAUAGCAUCCAGGGUUCCAAGUUAUGUGAAAUGAUUACUGGUGGGUCACAUUCUUUGGAUAAAUCACAUUUUGAAAGGUACAUACUAGUAACUAACAAAUCACAUCCAGUCCAACUUGAUUCCUUAAGUUUUCUUCUAGACAUGAACCUGACAGCAGUCUUAGACUUUGAUCCAGAGUCAUCAGAAAAAGGUUUAAAGAAGUUUUUUGAAGAUCGAAACACAAAUGUUCAUUCUCCAGCACAGUAUAAAAUAACUGGAUCAGUGGAGGAUAUUGCAAGCAAAUUGAAAUUGACCAGGAUCAACAGCUGGAUAUUCUGCAAUGGUGACAUCAAUGGCGAGGAACCUUCGGACAUUAAUUCCUGGUCAACUGAAAAGGGAGCCGCAGUUCGAAAUGUAAUUUCCUUCUUGUGCCGAGGUGAAGUCCUACCUCCUAAGAGAUUCUUAGUUAUAUUUCUGCUGCUGUCCGAUGUAAUUGAUAGCAAGGACCCUUUGCUUGAGACCUUCAAUACAUUCCGACAGGAGCUCAGAGGACUUGACCAAAUCCUGUGCAUAUGUGAAAAUGAUCGUUCCUUCAUCUCAUGGAAGGACCUGAUUGAAGCUCGCUAUGGAGAUACCAUUUCAAACCGCUGCAUUUCUGAGCUCAGCUUUGCAGAGAUCAAUGGCACUGUUCUCAGUCUGUGGUCUGACAACCGUCGCUCAAGCAGAUUUUUGCCUUGUGGUGGAGUCAGCAAAGUUCAGCUAACAAAGAAAAUGGAGGGCUGUUUGGACUCCCUAGAUAUUCUUUGUGUCAACCAAUGUGAAGGGGGUAAUGAAGAUAAGCUUGCAAUCCAGGAAAAUUUCUACAAAGGAGGAAAGGUGUCAUGGUGGAACUUCUAUUUUUCUGAGGAACCUGGAUCUACACCAUUCAUUAAGCGAGACAAAUUUGAUUACAUAAUUGACACCAUCAUUCCAGAGUUAUGUUCCUUGACAAGACCUUGUGUUCUCUUCAACAUACUGCAUCUCGCAGGUUGUGGUGGUACCACACUGGCAAUGCACGUUCUAUGGACACAGAGGAAGAACUUCCGGUGUGUUGUUCUGAAGGACAGAGCAGCAGAUCCUGAUGAUGUUGCCAAACAGGUGAUGCAGCUGCUGACAUAUCAAACAACAGAACAGUCUACCAGGCUCCCUGUGUUACUAAUGAUCGAUGACUUUGAAGAAAGGGAUAGUGUCUACAGUCUGCAGCAGAGCAUUGAAAAAGCAUGCCCAAAGACGGCCACCAGUCCCCAAGUUAUCAUACUUAAUUGCAUGAGAACUGAAUUCUGGGGUCAGCAUGAGGCAACAGUGGACACUGUCUUCAUUGGGAAUAAACUAUCGGAUCAAGAACAGAAACUCUUCCAAAAAAAGCUUGAGGAAAUUGAGAAGACAUACAAAAAUGCUGAAACGUUCUAUGGUUUCAUGAUCUUAAAGAAAGACUUUUCACCAGAGUACAUAAAAGGAGUAGCCAAACACACCCUGAAGAGCUUCAACAUCAACCAUAAGCAUGCCCAACUCAUUGCUGUGAUGGCCCUUUUGAAUUUCUAUUGCAAAAAUUCAUCUCUUUCUGUUACGCUAUGUGAAGCAUUCCUGGGUCUUCCAACUAAACCAAAGUCUGUCUCUUGUAAAGUACAGGAUGAUUUUGGAAAUUUCUCCACACUUAUAACGCAUUGCACUGUCCAGGACAAAGUGAUCUUUGAAGCUAUGAGAGUAAUUCAUCCAAGCAUGGCUGAGUACUGUUUGGAAGAGCUGAUUGCAACCCAUGGUAUAUCAAAAGCAGAGAUCACCAAUCUCCUGUUGACCACAGACAUGUUUUAUGAUUGUCUUCAGGGGAAAGAGAAACUUCUACAAGAUGUCCACACCAUGCUGGUGAGAAGAUGUUACUCAUCAGAAAGUGAAGAAACCCAUUUCUCGCCACUCAUCCAAGCUAUUAUCAAGGAGACACCAGGAUCUGAAGAAACAGUUUUGUACAAUGCAGCUAAACGCUAUGAUAAAAAUGCAAUAAUUGCUCAGCUUCUUGCCAGAUACCACUACCUGAGGAAAAAGGAUUUCCGGGAAGCAAAAGACUGGGCACGAAAAGCCAAAGAGCUUGAUAAAGACAGCUCAUACAUAGCUGACACUUCUGCACAAGUCAUCAAGCAUGAAUUAAGGAAUGCCAUUGGGAGUAAUCCAAAUUAUCCUAUUAAACCUGACCAUUUGACAGACUAUCUGAAAAUGGCUUGCUGUGCCACAGAUGCUUUCAAAGAAACUCAAGCAAUUGCAAAAAAAGAAGUUGCUCUGCGGUCUCAAAGUAAAGGAGACAGCAGUCCCUACAAUAUUGCUGGACGUCUUGGAGAAAUUCAAGUGGCUGUAAUGGUCAUGGACGUCCUGGAAAAAAUUCCAGUGUUUUCCCAUGCUAAACUUCGGCGAAGUAUAUUAAGUCAGAUUCUCUCAGGCAAUAUACCUAUCCAAACAGUUGCCAGCAAAGAUCGCAUGAAAAACAAGCAUACAUCUUACUACCAUGUCCUUCUGCCAUUUGAACCAUUUUUGCACAAUAUCAAGGACAACUUGAGGAGGCAAUUUGAUUUCCUUGACAACUUCUUUAUCAACCUUCAGCCCUGGUUCUCACAGAAGGAUGUAAAAGAAGAGAGAACAAGAAAGGAGCUUUUCAGGACAUUCGAGAAAUAUGCUGACCUUUUUUGCAAAACAGAUCCACAAGAGCUUAUGGGAAACAAGACCUUACCAACCUUGUUCAGGAUAAGGCAGAUCCUGGAAAUUAACAAAGCAGACACACAUUUUGGCAUACUGGAAUGUCUCACAAGAAAUAAUACUGGUCCUAAACUGGAGAUGAUAGUCCAACAAUAUAGGAUACUGUACACAAACAAACAUGUUAAUUUGAGAGAUGUUGUCAACUACAUUUAUGCCAAUGUAGUCCUUGCUUGUGUCUGGCCACAUUCUCGGUUUCUUGUGCCCUAUGUUGCUAUUCUUCAGAUGAUGAGCAAGGUUCUUUUACAACAGGUGCCACAUACUGACUCAUUAGGAGUGCAUUUCAUUGCUACCGUUAUUCUGUGGCCAGAGAACAACCCUCUCUUCCCUUCAGAACUUUCAGAGAAGUUAGGAACCUGCUUGUCGCAACUUAGGAGCACUUUCAUAAAUGAAAUGCAAUCGAUGGAACAUGGCAAGAGACCUGUUGCCCACUUCUACUUGGGACAGAAGCAAGGCUAUGAUCGCUUGAUCAGCCAUGCAGUCCUUGCCAUGCCUGGGAGUCAUGAAAAGUUUGACAAUGGACAAAUCUGGAGGGAAGAAAGAGUCAGAAGGACCCUACAGAGAGUCAAUGGAGUGGUCCAGAGGAAUUGCAUUUUGGCACACACCUGUAAUCCAAAUGUCAAAGUCGAGGUUCGCCCCCAAUACAUGAGUCAUUUAAAGGGCAGGGAAUGCAACCCAGUGUCUUUCUAUGUAGGGUUUACCAUGAAAGGCCCUGUUGCUUUUGACAUUCAGUUAAUACAUCGUCAUGUAAGUGGCAAUUAAAAUGGAUCUCACCACCAUUAAUAACAAAUAACCAGCUGAACAUGACUAUUCAGCCAGUUCUGAUAUCCUGUACAACAUUGAGUAUAGGCGUACAAACAUUCCAUGACCUAACAGUGACAUUCAGACUUCAAUCAAACUACUUAUAAAAAAAACAUGCACAAACUGUGCAAAUGCUAGUAACAGCACCAUUGAUACUGAUAAAAUGCUUGCUAACUCAUGAUGCACUUAUUCUUAUUGUACUCUACCUUUUUUAAAUUGUCCUAGAAUUGUUGAGAGAAUUGCUUUAAAAAGCU